AUGGACAACAACAGUGAAAGAGACGCGAAGGAGGAGGAGGAGGAGGAGGAGCAGCAGAAGCAGCAGCAGCAGCAGCAGCAGCAGCAGCAGCAGCAGCAGCAGCAGCAGCAGCAGCAGCAGCAGCAGCAGCAGCAGCAGCAGCAGCAGCAGCAGCAGCAGCAGCAGCAGCAGCAGCAGCAGCAGCAGCAGCAGCAGCAGCAGCAGCAGCAGCAGCAGCAGCAGCAAUGA